AUGGGCAAAUACUCUGACGAUUCAAACUGGGACGACAUUGUUCCCCUGCCUCAGGAUGACGGCGGCCCCAACCCUCUUGCGGCAAUCGCAUACACAGACGAAUACUCAGAAGCAAUGUCCUACCUUCGCGCCGUCAUGGCCAAGAACGAGAUGAGCGAGAGGGCUCUUAGUCUGACCGAGGACAUCAUCGAUAUGAACGCCGCACACUACACAGUCUGGCUCUACCGCUCCGAAAUCCUCAAAGCCCUAAACUCCGACCUCGUCAAAGAACUAGACUGGCUCAACGAAACUGCCCUCUCGCACCAAAAGAACUACCAAAUCUGGCAUCAUCGACAACUGGUCGUGGACCGCUUGGACUCGUGCAAAGGCGAAGCAGACUUUAUCUCUCAGAUGUUUGAGCUGGAUGCAAAGAACUAUCACGUGUGGAGCUAUAGACAAUGGCUGGUGCGCAGAUUCGAGCUUUGGGAUGACGGAGAGUUGGAGGCGACGGAGAAGUUGAUUGAAGAGGAUGUGAGGAAUAAUUCGGCUUGGAACCAUCGGUUCUUCCUUGUGAGUGGGAGCCAGCCGAAGAAGAUUGAGGAUCAGGCUGUGGUGGAGAGGGAGGUUAAAUUCGCUCAAGAUGCUAUCCGCAAAGCACCUCAGAACCAGUCACCCUGGAACUAUCUCCGUGGCAUCGUCACCGCGACCAAGACGCCUAUCUCUUCACAACUAGACUUCAUCAAUGAGUUCGCGACCGUAGACUCUGAGAAUGAGGACGCUGUCAAAUCUAGCCAUGCACUUGACUUGCUGGCUGAGAUUUAUGCUGCCGAGAAGGAGCAGAAUGAUAAGGCUGUCAAGGCAUAUGAUCUGUUGGCUAGCAAAUAUGAUCCUAUCAGAGCCAACUACUGGGCUUAUUUGAAGGAUCAGUUGAGUCAAGGACAGGUUGCUGCUUAG